CACCUACCUAGGCCACACACCAAAGAAGACGCACAGCUCCCGCUGUGCAGACGAGAGAUCGACGACAAAUGCUCCAUGUUGUCCUCUUCCGGCCUCUUAUCCCUGCUAAUACUGGGAACAUUGGCCGCACUUGCCUGGGUUUCGGAGCAAGGCUACACCUCGUCAAACCGCUCGGAUUCGAUCUGUCCGAGCGAGAAGUUAAGAGGGCCGGGCUUGAUCAUUGGGAGCACGUGGACCUAGCCGUCCACAACAGCUGGACAUGCUUCACUGAGAGCAUGCUCCCCGUGCUGAGUCACAACAACAGCGGGGGCGGCGGCAACAUCUACCUGGUGUCGAAAAGGCUCAAGCUUGGGUCGACGCCCAUAGCGGAAGUCGAUUUUUUUGCGCCAACGCCGAAACCUCCUCCGAUAGCGGCCCAACCCGGGGGUGGCGCGGGGGAACUUUCGUCGGAUACUGUUGGUAGCUCUGCAUGCAGCCAGGGCGACGUUACCCUUGUGUUCGGCAACGAAGUGGACGGUUUGUCGGGGCUGGAAGAAGGGGAAAGGGGCCGCGCCCUACCGGCCGUCUACUUGCCCAUGCGUGACGACGUAAUCCGAUCGUACAACCUCUCCAACGCGGUAGCGAUGGCUGUUUACGAGGUAGACCGGCAGAGGAGAGAGGCCCCGCGAAUACGAGACACGGGGAGGGGGGGAGAACAACGCGCGCCAACUUCGUCAACGAUGUAAUUACAGUGGAUCCUAGGUGGAUUGGCGGGAAUUUCUGGAGAAGCGCCCAUGUCGUGGCAAGACCACAGUCCGGUGUCGUCGAUGACAGAGUAGUUGUUGCGACGCAAAGAGGGCUGCCAGUGGACGUAGGCACCGACAGCACCGGCAGGGCUCCAAUAGAUCACACCGGCGCAGGAUAAUAACAAAAGCACUGCCGGGAUCGAGUAGCAGUCGCAUGGCAAGCAUUGAUGGGUAGCUUGCCUUGGCUUGUCUUGCGGGCCUGAGAAAGGUUUCGUGCCAUUGUUCCUUGCCACACGCCAACGAUGACCGGCAGAGCGAUGGGUGCGAGGCAGAAGCGAGUUUUUCUUCGGUCCUGUUGCCGUUUUCGUUGUUCGUCGCCGGUUUAGUCGAUUUUUGGCAUCACCAACUGCUGUCUUUAUUUGCACGAAGUAUUAUGUUAUAGUAGCGCGGCGACGACCCCUUUGAUUGCGCGGCGGGCAUGAUUACGUCCUAUCCUUCCCCCCCCUCGCUCUCUCUUUACAAAACGGUC